CGUCAUUGAUUGCUCGUGGCUACCUCGAGCCGUGGUCUCCCUGACACGGUGCAGCGGAGGACAAUCAUCUAGAUUUCAAUUCCAUGCACCAAUUGGGUGGAAGACUCCUCGGUGCUCACAAGCCUUAACCUUGGGAGGGAAAGGUUGUGGAUCGAAUCAUCACCACUGCCUAUCAACAUCCAUGGGUCAAUGACGUCGAUGUCGAUGGUGAGGCAUUGGAGGGGUGCUUGCAGAUCGAACUGGUGGUUGCUGGUACAAAAUACAUCCGAAUACCCUCUUAUUGUCCGUGUCUUGAGUCACCAGCACUCACCUGUGUACGGAGUCAGCUCACCAUAUGAUCAAUUCAUAACCUGAGAACAUCCUGAGAGCAAGCAAUCCAGGCCGUUUUCGGUAUAUCUAGCAAGAAUGUCUGAUCAAGACAAGUCCGCGCUCGACGCCAACAAAGGCUCCGUCGGCUCUCAGUUUAAGCCGGAAGGAUCUAUUGGACAACUGGGAGAAAAGGCCGGUGGUCCGCUGAGCAGCGAAGGUGCAGUGGGAAAGAAUUUCACGCCCGAGGGAUCAAUUGGUGGCACUGUACAAUCAGCCGCCGAACAAAUGCAGGGAGACAAGAAACCGGUCUUUGAUAAGGACGGCGCAGUUGGCAAACAAUUCACAUCUGAGGGAGCCAUCGGCAGCGUCGGCGAGGCGGUCGGCGGCCCCUUCUCAUCCAAGGGAGCUAUCGGGAAACAGUUCACAGAACAAGGGGCAGUGGGAGGCGCGAUCCAGGAGAACUUGGGUAGUGGGAAGAAGUAAAGACUAUUGGAUGUGCACACAGCAUUUCAAUCGUGGUGGGAGAUGAUGAUCGGGUCAAGUAUGGCGCGACACAGCCAUGACCCUCUUAGGGUUACUGUACCUCAGACUGAGCCAUCCAGCAUGUCUGGACGGUGCAUCAGUCCGAUAGCCUCUUCACAAUGAAUUUCAAUGUCC